CUCAUACGCCCACCCUAUACCGAUCAUCCCCAGGGACCUUCUCACCCACCGCCUCUCUUCAUCUUGAACAACACCACAGGGCUCGACGACAGAAACUGCUCGCCGAUCGGAGAGCGAAAGCCGUCCUCAAUGCCCUCUGCGCCUUCCUCCUCCUCCUCCCGUUGGUCGUGCAAAAGGUGUGGGUGGCUCAGAAUAGGUGAGGGAGUCGACACGGGAGAUGCUGUACUCAUGUGGUUGUGCCUGCUGCUGCAGAUGGUGGUGUGGUUGGGCGUGCUGCUGCGGGAGAGGGUGCUGAGCCGACGGCCUCAUGUGGUGUGCUGUGGCUGGCGGACGAAGACGCGACAGUGCUGCUCCACCGCCUUGUCGAUUCCGUGUUCCAGCAGGUCAUCGUCGAGCGGUGGCGGCAGAGGAUAGGCCGCUAGCAGCCCCGCCAGGAUGUGGUUCAGCUGCCCGUGUCUUGAAGUACCUCUUCAGUGAAGGCGCCCCACCACUUGUCCCUGCGGCUUGCCGCCGCACACCAUUUCCGCACCCCCAGGCGUCGUUCAGCUGGGUAUUCCAUCUGCCACAUCAAGCAGCAUAAGGUAGCCAGACAGGCAAUUCCAAUGAGACAGAGACCGAUUCCGAUGGACAUGCUGCUUGGUGUGCCGUGUCUCUCCAUGUGUGAGCGGGACUAACCGACCGAUCCACCCACGCACCCACCCACCCACCUCUUUUCGCUGCAAUAUCUCCUCCUCAUCGCGAGGCUUCCCCGUGCCGAAGAUCGACGCUGUGCGGCCCCUAAUACACACACACACACAGACAGACAGACAGACAGACAGACAGCUAGAGAGAGACUCAAAUGAGCGAGCACUGAAGAAGUGACUCACUGCCUGAGGAGCGAUGCAGGUGUGUCGAUGGGCCCCUUGGGUUUGUCGAGGUGGAGGUGCUGCACCGGGUGGAAGGGCUUGUCUUCCCCUGCUCCCGUCGCCCCGUGUGCCGACGACUCGGGGGUAUUUCUUCGCUCAAUCUUCGGAGCUCGCAAAACCGUUAAAAAGGCCGCGAAGGUCACCCGUCAGGUUCUCUCGGAGCUGAAAGAACUCCACCGGGUGGCAGCGAGGCUCAGCAAGGACCAGAACACCAAGCAU